UUCAGAUAACGUAUAUCAGUGAGGCAACGACAUGGCUCAUAAUCAUGCGGUCGAUGGACUUAUAAAAGUUCAACCUUUCACCGCAGAUAUCUCUUUCGUUUGCGCGUUCCUUAGUUUCGGCUGUCACGGUGAACGUGCAGACUGUUCUGAACGCUACAGCGAAUAAGACCCUCGUCUGAGUUCCGUGGCUCAGGUCUCCCGACAAUUUUCAAUGGCACCCGUCAAAGAAAAUGAGACAGAUACAAGUGAUCAAGGCGCAAGCAGCCAUUCCAAACGUCCAACGCCUGCACUCCAGAUGGUCGAAGGCAUCCUUCUGCCUCUCUUCUUCGACCCUGACACGGCGCGGUCGGGCAUGGCGUACAAACCACGCGAGGACGACGUCUUCGUAGCUACCUACGCCAAGUGCGGAACCACCUGGAUGCAACACAUCGUCUUCCUCCUUCAGCACAGAGGCGAGCCCCCUAGCUCGGUCCACGACUUCUUCCGGUCAAGCACUUACAUCGAACUCCUGGGCUCCGACGUCGUCGGCAGCCUUCCGGGACCACGCGCCAUCAAGACCCACCUCCCGGUCGACAGAGUUCCCUACGACGCCAAGGCAAAGUAUAUCUACGUCUAUCGUAACCCGUGGGACUGCGUCGUUUCUUACUACCACCACGUAAAGACGAUCCCGCUGUACCGCUUCCAAGGUACCUUGGACGACCUCUUCGAGGCGUUCAUGGAAGGCCAUUGCGAGGACGGUGACUACUUCGACCAUCUAGUAGGAUGGUACGCUCGAAGAAACGACCAGAACAUCUUCGCGAUAUCUUACGAAGAGAUGCACGCUGAUGUCCGAUCGUCCAUCUUACGCGUCGCGGAGUUCAUGGGCGAAGAGUACGCCGACAUGCUGCGCGAAGACGAGAAGGUCUUCCAAGAGAUCCUGCGCUGCUCCAGCAUCGAGUACAUGAAGGUUCACACCAACGACACGAUGCGGGAGUUCUUUAAGAUGAAGCGCGAGGACGUCCUCAACCAUCCCACAUGGGUGAAGAGCAUCAAGAACAUACGGGAGGGCUUCGCCGAAGGCGAUGCCGACUCGCUGAGCCUGGUGCGCCGAGGAGCCGUCGGAAAGUCUGCGGAGACGCUCGAUGACCAGAAGAUUAAGAGGAUACGAGACAAGUUGGAGGAUAAGCUGCGUCUCGCGGGACUCAAGAUGCCCGAAUCCUGGAAGAAGCUGCCUUACCUCACGUCGAGUUAAGCGUCUACUGACUUGGUUUUGAUUGGGGUAUCUGGAAGGUGUGACAAAGGUAUGGAAGCUAUAGACCCGCUUACUGUUUGCAAACAUGAACCGCUGCUUGCGUCCCAAGCGACUUUCGGUCGCUUUGUCUUUGGAAGCCUGACAAUCCUGCUUAUGUCACAAGUGCUAGAAAGCAUAAAUGCUACACGGGAAACAUAGCGAGGGCCUUGGCUGUGCGAUUUUUACGUCUUGGAGGAGACAAGUUGGUUUACAAGAAUAUUCAAAAAAUUUAAACAA